AUGCCGCUCGUGCGGAGGCGGCGGAGAGUGCAUGUAGAUGCAGAGCAGCCACCCCAGGAUCCAGGAAACCCACCUACUACACAGGGGACCUCUGGUAUCAGCAAGAGCCGGACAAUCGAUGCCUUUGGGACAGGCCCAGCAGCCAGACAGACCCCUCCUGGGAGGAGUCCUUCUUCCAUCAGCCUUUUAGAGUCUCGAUCCAGACUGAGAGGGAGAGAGGAGCCCAGGAGAAGCAUGUUUUCUUCUAAUUUCCUGAGUGGGGCCAACCCCCUCAGCGCAAUGUCAUCUGCGGUGAAUAAAUUCAGCCUAUUUGGGGAUGAAGCUGCAGAGGAGGAGGCGGCAUCAUCCUCUCUGUCUUCUUCUUCAGAGGAGGAGGAAGAAGGAGUGAAAAAGCAGAAAGUGCCGCAGCAGCGGGGAGGGAAGGCGUCUACGCCCGGCAAAGCCCCUCAGCAACAGGCCAGCAGGCCGUCACAACAGCAGGGCCCACCCAAGCAAGGUCAAGGAUCCCCGCAGCAAAGAGGACCCCCUCCGCAAGCCUCCGUAAAACCGGCGCCCCAAAAGCAGGGCUCACCGGGGCCACAGUCCCCGAGUGUGCCAAAAUCAGGGGGGCAACCGCAACAAGGGCCUGCUAAAGGUGGACCACAACUGCCUGGGCCUGGGGCUCAGUCGGCAAGGCCACCAACCCAGGGCCCUGGCAAUGCCGCGCCCCCGCAGUCCCAGGGGCUGAAAUCACUGUGCCCCCUUUGCAAGACGACUGAGUUGAACACGCACACCAAGGAGCAGCCAAACUACAGCACCUGCACACAGUGUAAGAGUGUGGUGUGCAGCCUGUGUGGCUUCAGCCCCCCCGACUCCACGGUAAAGGAGUGGCUCUGCCUGAACUGUCAGAUGCAGCGAGCUCUUGGUGGCACGGACCCUCUUGGACCACCUAUGGUGAAGCCCCAGCCUCAGUCUGCCAAGCAGGUCCCCAAGCAAGUCCCGACACCAGGUCCGCUGCAAACAAAGCAAGGACCUGGGCAGGCUUCUGCACCUAGCUCUCCUCAAACCAAGAAAGCCCCAGGCCAGGAUUCAGCACCAAGUUCCCCUCAAACCAAGAAAGCCCCAUUAAUAGAGCAGACUUCCAAGCCUGGGACAGGUAAGCCCACUGAGGGCAGGAAGCCCUCACAACUGACCAAACAAGAGUCCAUCAGUGAUGCUGGGCAAUCAACAAAUCCACUAACUGUACAAAGAAGCCCUGCUUCUCCUGCACAAGACCAAGCCAAAUCAGGGGAACCACAAGUUGAGAAACCUAUUCAAGCCACACUUAGCAAACAACCAACAGGUCAGCCUACAUCACAACAAGCCCCAAGCGGAUCGCCAAAAUUAGAUCCCAAAACAGGACGUCCGUUGCAAGACCCGGGAAGACCUCAACAACAGAUGCCAAAGGGUGGCACGGGUCCUGCUUCUGCCAAAUCCACCCCAGUCCCACAGGCUCAGCCUGCCAAGCAGGAGUCCAGUUUCUUUGGUUUAAGCUUUGGAGGUUUGACAGAGGUGACCAAACCUCAGUCUACCGACCCUCAGUCAGCUGCAGAGUCAGUCACUGGGAAGUUGUUUGGGUUCGGAGGUUUCACGGAACCACCCAAACCUCAGCCCACUGGCCCACAGCCGGCCGCAGAGUCAGUGACUGGGAAGUUGUUUGGAUUUGGUGGUUUGGCCGAGGUGGCUAAACCACAGCCUAGUGCUCCACAGCAAGGCACAGAGUCAGUCACUGGGAAACUGUUUGGCUUUGCUGGUUUGACUGAAGCAGCCAAACCUCAGGCCUCUGCUCCCCAGCCUGUUGAUUCUGUGUCUGGGAAGAUGUUUGGGUUUGGCUCCUCAAUAUUCAGCUCAGCAUCCAACCUGAUCACCUCGGCGGUCCAGGAUGAGAACCCAGCUCAGCCCUCCCCAAAGGCACCUGCAAGCCCUCAGCAGAGUAAGGGUGCACCAUCCCAGGAGAAGAAGCUCGUAUCAGAAAAACCAGAGAAACCUACGACUGAGCCUCCCAAAGGAGCAGAGACCACAGCUCUGUCUUCCAAAGUGUCCCAGUCCAACUGCCCACUCUGCAAAGUGGAGCUCAACAUUGGCUCCAAGGACCCACCAAACUACAACAACUGUACCGAAUGCAAGAACACAGUGUGCAAACUCUGUGGAUUUAAUCCCAUGCCUCAUCUCCGUGAGAAUGAAUGGCUAUGUUUAAAUUGCCAGACGCAACGUGCUUUAGCAGGGCAGCUUGGAGACAUGGAGAGGGUUCCAACAACAGUGGCUCCCCCAUCAAAGCCAGCGGGUCAGCAGCCUACAGUACAAGUACCCAAAAGUCAGCAUACCCCUGUGAUGGAUACGACACAAGCAACAGCAUCAGUAACUAUGGAAACUGUCCCUACAAAACCCAAACAAAAGAUGGAGGCAACAGCAGAGAAGGCACCUGCCACUGCUUCUUCUAAGCUUGCUACUCCUCAUGAAGCUGCUGGUAGUCCAGCUGAGUCUAUAUCUUGUCCUGGCAUUGCUCCUGGAUUUGCCUCUUCUGAAACCCUUCCUGCUGCUCUUGAAAAGGGUGCUGCUCCUGAACCUGCACCUCCAUCUGCAGACAUGACUGUUGCUCCAGAACCUACAAUUUCGUCUGAAGUUACUGCUAGACAAGAUAAGACAACUGUUCCUGCUCUUAAUUCUCUACCUAAAGAAGAAAGUGAUGCUUCUUAUACUGAUCCUGCUUCUGUUCCUGUGGGAAUUUCUGUUGAUGCUCUUGAUUCUGAAGCUGCCUGCCUGGACUCAACAAAUACUUCUGAAUCUGCCUUUUCUCUGCCCAAACCCACAAUUCCUUUUGAAGCUGUUGAUGUUCCUCCCCAGCCUCCAUCUCUGGAUCAGCCUGCACAUCUUGAGUUUGUUACUCAAUCUGACUCUAAUGUUGCCCCUCCUGUAGAUUCUGCUGAGGGUUUGAAGACAGUCACUGCAAGUUCUGAGGCAAUCCCUGCUAUUUCUCCUUCAGCUGAAACUGGUGUUUUUCUUCAAGAACAUAGCUGUUCUUCUGAAGCUGUCACAGAUGAAGUCACUCCACCUGAGCCUACAACUGUUUUUAAAGACACAGCCAUUUCUCCUGAUUAUACACAUACUACUGAAUCUGAUCAUGUUCCUCCAGAAUUAGAAGGUAGUCCUCCUCAGGUAAUUAUUCCUUCUCCAGAAGUUACACCUGUUUCCAGGGAUAGUCCUCCUCUUGAAACUACAACCUCUAUGGAAUCUGAUGCCUUACCUUCUGAGUCUGUUGGUGCCCCAGAUGAUAGUAUUCCACCUUCACUCACACAUCGUACAGAAGCUGUUUCUGUUCCUUUACAAGUCAGUCCUCCAGAGUUGAUUAUUCCUUCUUCACAAGAUUUGACUGCUGAAGAUAACCUUAAUCCUGAAACUGUUGCUGCUCCUAUACAUGCUGAAGCUGAACUUGAGCCUGCUGCUGCCCGUAAAGAGGAUAUUUCUUCUGGGCCUACACCGUCUUUUGAAGCAUCAGCUGCUCCUACAAAAUCUGCAGUUGUGCUUCUUGAGUCUGUUGCUACCCCUGUAGAUGGUUUUGCUCCUCCUGAGCUUACUCCUCCUGCUGAAGCAGCAAGUACCCCUGCAGAGUCUGGAACUGUACUUCUGAAGGCUGUUGCUGCUCCUCAAGAUGAUUCUGCUCCUCCUGAACAUACUCCCCAUCCUGAAACAAUUGAUGCGCCUAUAGAACCCGUACUUCAAGAGCUUACUGCUACCGAUGAAGUGGAAACUAUUCCUUCAUGUGAAAUAGUAUCUUCUUCUGAAGAACUGAAAGCGGUGCCUCCUGAGCCUCCUGAAUCUACAGUUGUCCCUGAAGGUACCACUGCUCUUCCGUCCACUCUUCUCACUGAAGUUAUUGUUCCUCACCCACAGCCUGAAGCUAUUCCACUUGAGACUGUUGCCACUAUUCUUCGGUCAACUUCUUCUUCAGAAGCUGUUUCUGGCUUGUUAGAACCUGAAGCUUCUCCUACUGAAAUUGUCGCUACUCAUUCUGAGCUUACUCUUCCUCCUGAGGCUGUUGUUAUUCCUGUUGAAUUAGAUGCUGUUAAUCUUAAACCUGCUUCACCUUCUCCUCUAGUGAAGGGAGAGGGUAUUGUUCCUGAACAUGCCGCUGCUCACCCUCAGUCAGUUAAUAUUACAAGUCCUCCAGCAAUGGCAGUAUUAAGGAUGAAGGCUAUGGAAGAAACAGAAGAGGAAAUAAUUCAAAUAGGGGUAAAGGGAGAAGUAAAGCAAUUUGCUCCUCUGUCUGAAGGUGCUACUGCUGCUUCUCCACAAUCUGAAGCUGCUCCUCAACAACUUCCAACUUCUGCUCCAGUGAAGAUAGCUGUUACUCCUCCUGAACCAGUGACUGCUCCUAGUCAGACAGAGGAAAAGGUUGAAUCAGAUUCUUCAGGUUCAUCUGAAAACUAUCUUCAAGAUAUUAUUGACCCCAGCUGUAUAUCAAGCUCUCUGAGUAAAGACCCCACUAUGAAGAAGGAGCUGUUGGAAGAACAGGCACCAAAUGCUACUUCUACCCUGGAGACAUGUCCGUCUCCUUUAGAAAUGACCAAGUUAGAGAGCAGAGAGGAGGUGCAGGCAAGUACAGAUAUAUGUGAUGUUAAUAAUCUAGAAAAGGAUGUUCACAGGCCAAAAACAUUACCUAUAUCCCCCGAAUCAUACCACAAAGGUGAUGAGGUGCCUGGAGAAGUUCAAGCAAAGAAGAAAUCACCCUCUAUAAAUUUUCCACAGACACAACCUCAUCAUUCUGAGGAUGAUGGACAAGAAAAAGAGUCCUCAGUACCACUGCAAGGAGAGAAUAAAGUUGUUACUGAUCAUCACCAUGAUAGUCUGCACUGUGGAGAUGAUGAGGAAUUCACACAUGAUGAUGUGGGUGGUUGCAUACAGCAGCAAAAACCCAGGAAAGAUGAGAGCAAGGAGGGAAACACCUUGGAGCAAUCUAAGCGGCUCUUUAAAAAGGGUACGAUCACCCAUGAAGACAUUUUACAUGGACAUAGCCCCAAGGCCAGAAUUAAAGAGGAAGAAAUUUCUGGUGGCGAAGACAUCCAAGAUUUUAAGAUUGAUACUGAGAGUACAACCACUGCACCGUGCAAAAUAUUAGGCCCUACACAAGCUUCAGCAGAUGGAGAGCCAGAAAUGGAGAGCUUUGCUAAUUCCCCUGAAGAUAGAUCAAGGGGAGAGGGAUCAUCCAGCUUGCAUGGAUCCAGUUUUACACCUGGGACAUCUCCUACCUCUGUGUCUUCAAUGGAUGAGGACAGUGAUAGCAGUCCAAGCAAUAAAAGGCUAGGUGAGGAAAGUAAACAGAGAAAGGCACGGCACAGGCAGCAUGGCCAUGUGCUCCCAACUAUUGAAGAUUCUUCUGAGGAGGAGGAAUUGAGAGAAGAAGAAGAACUCCUUAGGGAGCAAGACAUGCAACGAGAGGUGGAUGAACAGCACCAGGUGAGGAGGAGUUCCAGCAGAAAGUCAAAGAUAGGUAAAGAGGAACUCCGGGCUCAGUGGAGACGAGAACAUCCAAUAACACCACCAAGUAACCUUUCUCCCAUUGAGGAUGCUUCCCCGACAGAGGAGCUGCGACAGGCUGUAGAAAUGGAAGAGCUCCACAAAUCAUCUGCAAAUUCCCCAUCUGUUGAGUCUGAAUCAGAAAGGUCUGACACUAUUGCAGAGAAGUUUCUUGCUUUUCAGAAAAUGUAUGAGCCACCAAUAUCAGUGUCUUUCUAUUCGCCACCUGAUGAGAAGCAUCCAGUUGUAGUGAAGGACACAGAUAACAAAACAAUGGAUUCACUCAGAGAAUCAGAUAAGAUUUUAUUUCAAGAGCCUGUAAAAAGACUGAGGACAGCAGAUGAGGCGUAUGAAGAUAUAAUGCAGAAAAGAACUGAGCUGCUUAAACAGAAGGAGCAGAAACAGAGCCAAUAUCCGUUGUUUGUGAAGUUCCGCAGCCAGUGA